CACGACUAAACAACUCAAGUGGUACUCACUUUGGCCAUCCCCGUUAAAAAGGAGUUGAAAAAUUAGACCUAAAACAAAACCAACAAAAAGCACUUUCGUUUUCUCACCAAAAAUUCAAAAAAAACAGGGAAAGAAAACUCAACAAUGGCGAUCGCCGCCAUGUCAUUUUCUCUCUCCUCCUCUUCUCCGUCCAACCUCAGCCUUCACCACCGCCGCAGUCUCUCUCCUCCACUCCUUCCUCCUCCUCUAACAAUCUCUUCCGCCACCAAGCCACUCACUCCUCUCUCCAUCUCCUCCAACCUCCUCCGUCGUUCUCCCUCACACAUUCGCCGACACAUCCCAAUUGGUUACUCCGAUGGUGACUCCGGUGAAGGAGGAAACUUCGGUGGCAGCGGUGGAGGUGGCGGCGGGGAAGGAGGAGGUGAUCACGGCGGUAAUGAUAAUGAUGAUAAUAAAAAUAAGAAGGAUGCAUUUAUGAUUUUAUCGGAGAUCGGAAGGUCGGUUGAUAGUUUGCCGAAAGAUUUGGCUGGUGCGAUUGAAGAAGGGAGGAUUCCGGUGGAGAUUGUGAGGAAGUAUUUAGAGCUCGAGAAAUCGGCGUUUAUGCGGUGGUUGCUUCAAUUUGAAGGGUUUAGGGAAAGAUUAUUGGCUGAUGAUCUGUUUUUAGCUAAAGUUGGCAUGGAAUGUGGUGUUGGUGUCUUCACUAAGACUGCUGCAGAAUACGAGAAGAGAAAGGAGAAUUUCUUCAACGAAUUGGAAGUUGUUUUUGCUGAUGUGGUUAUGGCGGUCAUUGCGGAUUUCAUGCUUGUCUAUCUCCCUGCUCCAACCGUUGCCCUCAGACAACCUCUUGCAAUGAAUGCUGGAGCUAUUACGAAGUUUUUCCACAACUGUCCUGAUAAUGCUUUCCAGAUUGGUCUCGGUGGUAAUUCAUACUCAUUGAUGCAAAGGAUGGGGGCUAUUGUGCGAAAUGGGGCAAAGCUUUUUGCUGUCGGCACUACAUCCUCAUUGGUUGGUACAACCAUAACUAAUGCUGUGAUCAACGCACGUAAAGCUGUUGACAAGUCAGGUGGUGAAGAAGUCGAAAAUGUUCCUAUUCUAUCCACUAGUGUGGGUUAUGGUGUGUAUAUGGCAGUUUCAAGCAACCUUAGAUAUCAAUUUUUGGCUGGUAUAGUUGAACAACGGAUACUGGAACCUAUGUUUCACAACCAGAAACUUGUGUUAAGUGCUCUUUGCUUUGCUGUACGGACAGGCAACACAUUCUUGGGUUCAUUAUUGUGGGUGGACUAUGCACGCUUGAUCGGUAUCCAGAAAGAUCACGACAAAAAGCAUGCUUCGGAUUAAAUCUGCUUUGUUUUGCCAUCAAAUAGAACGUAGAGCAACUGAUUUUUCAUACAGGAGGACGUUUAGGGGAACAGAGCCAUUUUCGUUUCUCUUUUUUACCUGUAUUUUUCCACAUCAAUGUACUGAAAAUGAGUAGUUGCACUGUUGUGGACUUGCUGUUACAUUUUUCAGUUUUUUGGGACUUGAUUAAUUUUAUUGCAGUUGCUAGCUUGUGACAUAAACUAUCCGUAAAAUACAUAAAUAUAUGUUGUGAUCGUAAUUCCUUAAUCAGGUCCAUUUUCGGUUCGGACUGAAUGCACUUCAAAUUAUUGUAA